AUGAUUGCCCACUCCAAACACAAUUAUGGGAUGCACCUGUCGAUCAAAAUCUGUGGAAUCCGACUGACAGCGCGAAUUGACGGGGUUGGCGGACGGCCGAGAGGCCCACGUCUGGACAGGUCUGAAAUCGACGGUGGUUCCGUCAGCCAUGGCGGCGAACGGUCGAGGUGCUACUCUCGAAGCCGAAGGGUGCUGCUGCCGAUGUUCGGUUGCUCGCGGAUUGGCAGGUCUAUUGGAGAUGCUCGAAUUUCGAAAUCUGAUGGUGGCUCGACGAUAAAGGAGGGUGGAGCGGAUGAACGAGCGGGAGGCGCGCGACUGAAGAGGGCUUGCGUGAGUUUGCUGGCGUCGCCGUUGAGGGGGAGAGGCUGCUGCAGGGAUGAUGGAGUGGCCUAG